AUGGCCGACGAAAAGAAACAGAACCCCUUUGAAGCCAUGGGCCCCCCAGAGGCAGAGGCAGAGGCAGAGGCAGAGCAUCCUCCAGCAUACACGGCCGAGCAAUCAACACGGUCAUUCUCACCCUCGACGCAAGCAGGCCCAUCCACUUCAUGGCCUGACCAACCACUCUCUCAAUCACCCAGACCAAUCGCCAUUCCAGCGAUAGCCAGCUCUUUUGAUUCCCCUUUCAUUCGCGCCUACCCUUCAAUUCUACAGACACACAAACUUCCCAAGGAAUCAUUCCUCAACUUCCUCGACCAAUUGAACAAAGACAUGGCCAGCAGCCCGCCCCUCCAAGUCCUAGACGCAACAGGAGGGAUUCUCAAUUCAGUUCCCAUUCUCUUCCCACUGCACUGGAUUGGAAAUGCGGUUAGCGGUCUCGCAAAUUUGGGCGGCCAGGGCAUGUCCAAAGGCCGCACCGACUCGUCCAUCAAAACAGCCAACAGGGACAUCUUUGGUCCCCGUGGCUUGAAGGUUGAAAUUGCCAAAUUGGACGCCCUGGCUCAUCUAGCUAAGAUCCCAAUUCUGGAUUCCCAGGGCAAGAUCAAUAGACAGGCUCCUCUUCUCUUGCAGCUGCAGGAUGAGCAACUCGAGCCUAGCGAUGAACAACAGGCGGCGGAGCUAGAGGUGCAGCGUCGCAUAAGGAUAUUGCAACCUUGGAUCGCCGACCUGGAAUUUGAGAUCUUGCCUUGGUCUUCCAAGUCAAAACUAACGAGGUUCAAUGCUGCUUUGAAGAAAAGAAACGAUCCCGGGGAGUCGUCGAGAAGGGAGAUGAGAAGGGAGAGAAGGGGCAGAAGGGAGCGAUUUGGCCCUAAUGACGCGGAGGCUAGUCCUGAAGACACUGAACUUUUCCGCAAGGCCUUGUGGCUUGUCAUUCGAGAGAUUGAACCCGAGGAAAGCCGUUAG